AUGAAUUCAGAAAAAGAAGCUGCACUCGAAAAUAUCAAAAGUAUAACAAGUGCUGGCCGUUUUGACUUGGAAGACCAUGAAGUCAACCUACAAGCUAUUGCUUCUGUUCCUCUCGGUCUCGAAGAAGUCGGCCAACAAUUAGCCUUGGCUCAGAAGGACUUGAUUCUUAAAAGGUUAGAUCUUAAUGGUUUGGUUUCCAUGGACGAUUUGCCUUUGACUGCAACUUUCAUGAUCGAAAAGGUAGAAAAAAUGUCAAUAGAUGAAGCCAUCUUAAUUCUUGAAGAGUCACUCAUUGAGUUUGAAAAUGAUGUCAACAUUCCUAUGAAUGAGUAUGACUUUUACGAGAAGUUAGUCGCAAUGAGGCCACAAAUGGAUGAAGAUUCUCUUGGAAGCAGUUUAGAUGAAAAGCUUAAGAGUGGCGUGAAAGUUAACGAAGUCGAUCCUGAAGUUUCAUCUUCAAGUAGUUCUGAGGAUUUUUCUGGUAGUUCACCAUUUCAAGUUGUUGAUUGGAAGUUGCAAACAAAAUUGGAAGCUGCCUUAAUUGCUUAUUACUCGCCUUACCAAGAAGUGAGAGCUGUUACUGAUCCAUACGACGAUCCUACAAUUCCUGUUGAGACGCUACGUGUAUACUUUUUGGGUAUCAUUUGGGUUUGUAUCUCAGCGUUUGUUAAUCAGUUCUUUAACGACAGAUUUCCAGGUAUUUCCUUGUCUUCAAAUGUUGUACAAAUGUUACUUUACCCAUGCGGUAAAGCAAUGGAAUACAUUGUUCCCAAGUGGAAAUUCAAGGUGUGGAAGUAUACCAUUGAUUUAAAUCCAGGGCCAUGGACUUACAAAGAACAAAUCUUGUGCAGUCUUAUGUCUGCUGUAGGAGGUGGUACAAGUUAUGUCGGUUGGAAUAUCACGGCUCAGAAACUUCCCUUCUUCUAUGGUAACACUUGGGUCACUAUGGGCUACCAAAUCCUCUUACUUUUGUGCACCAACUUCAUGGGAAUUGGGUUUGCUGGAAUCUUGAGAAAGUUUGUUGUUUAUCCAUCAAGAGCAGUUUGGCAAGAGCUUUUACCAACACUUGCAUUGAACAGAGCAUUAUUGCAACCAGAGAAGAAAGAGAAUAUCAAUGGCUGGACCAUAUCGAGUUAUAAAUUCUUCUUCAUUAAGCCAGACAACUUGAAUUUAGCAGUUAUUACUGGCUCACAAUUGGGAUUAGGAUUCAACCCAAUCGCUUCAUUCGAUUGGAAUGUCAUCCUGUACAGAAGUCCAUUGACUACUCCAUUUUAUGCGACCAUCAACUUGUGUAUUGGUUCAUUUAUAAGUUUCUUCAUUAUACUUGGGGUAUAUUACUCGAACUUCAAAUGGACAAAAUACCUUCCCAUCAAUAGCAAUGGCUUGUUCACUAAUACAGGCGAUCCUUAUCAAGUGAGAAAUGUUGUCAAUUCCGAUAGUCUCUUUGAUAAAGAAAAAUACGAGCAGUAUGGACCUCCAUAUUACACUGCUGGUAACUUGGUUUUGUAUGGUGCAUUUUUCGCAAUCUACCCAUUUGCAAUUGUUCAUGAAAUUGCAAUGACUUACAAACCAUUGUGGGCUACAAUCAAGAAUUUUGGGUCUUCUUUAAAGGAUUGGAGAAAGUCAACUUAUGAAGGUCAAACUGAUCCACAUUCGAUCAUGAUGAGAAAAUACAAAGAAGUUCCUGAUUGGGUUUUCAUCAUUGUUUUGUUGCUCUCAAUAAUGUGUGCCAUUCUUUGCGCAGAGUUGUAUCCAACAAACACACCAGUUUGGGCUAUCUUCUUCGCAAUAGGUAUUAAUUUUGUGUUUUUGAUUCCAAUCACUACACUUUAUGCUACUACUAAUUUCAGUUUUGGCUUAAAUGUCUUGGUUGAAUUGAUCAUGGGCUAUGCUCUCCCAGGAAACGGUCUUGCAUUGAUGUUUAUCAAGGCAUUGGGUUACAAUAUCGAUGGACAGGCACAGAAUUAUAUUACGGAUCAGAAGAUGGGCCAUUACGCAAAGAUUCCACCAAGAGCAAUGUUCCGCAUUCAGAUGUUUGGUGUUUUUAUUGGAACCUUCAUAAAUUUGGCAGCUUUGAACUUCAAGCUUAACCAUGUUGAAGAUUAUUGCACUCCUCAUCAAAAGCAAAAAUUCUCAUGCCCAAGCUCAAGGACCUUUUUCUCGUCAUCAGUCAUCUGGGGUGUUAUUGGGCCAAAGAAGGUUUUCAAUGGGUUAUAUCCUAUGUUGCAGUGGUGCUUCUUAAUUGGUUUCUUAUUAGCUAUUCCAUGUAUCGUUAUUAAGCUUUAUGGUCCAAAACGGUACGUGAAAUAUUUCCAACCAGCACUCAUUAUUGGAGGUAUGCUCAAUUGGGCUCCAUACAACCUCUCCUAUUAUACCGGAGGUCUCUAUACAUCCAUCGCAUUCAUGUGGUACAUUAAGAACAAGUACGCUGCAUUCUGGAACAAGUAUAAUUAUGUGUUGAACAGUGCCUUAUCAGCUGGUGUUGCUUUCAGUAGUAUCAUUAUUUUCUUUGCAGUACAGUACCACGCGAAAGAUGUUAACUGGUGGGGUAACAGUGUCUACUAUGCUGGUAUUGACGGCGGAAAUGGAAUUCAAGCUCACAUGAAUGCCACUGUUUCAGCACCAGAAGGGUAUUUCGGUCCCAGAUUUGGUCACUUACCUUGAGGUGAACAGUUUAUAGCAAUACACUUACCGUUCAGCUUUUAAUUAAGGGCGUGACUCUAAUUUGUUGAAGAAUAUUUAACCAGGGUUUUGAUAAGGUAUGCCCCUUGUCCA